UCUUGGUUCUAAGGCCUGAUGGGCUCUGUUCAGGGCUCUGGGAUCCUUCCAAGAGUAAACUGGGUAAGCUCGGAAUGGGGGGAAUAAGGGCACAGCUUGGCAACAAAGCCAGCUUCUCCAGCCCGCGUGCUAGGGGAAUCUAGAAGGUAACUACGAAUCCCAGAAUGCCCUACGAGUCCCGGCAGGCGGAGCGUACCAAGCGGCGAUUUCAAUUAGUCCACGCGCACGAACGGCGCCCUGGGAGGAAAAAAGAACCCGGAUGUCGGAGCCAGUUAAGAAAGUAGGGACCGAUUUUAGACAUCCUGGUCUCUCAAAGAGAGGCCUCCCGAAAUAACGCGGCCGAAGGCCCGACGCCAAGUGCUCCACUCGCCUCCCCAACGCCAAGCGGCGUCUACACCCGCGAGAAUUCACCACCUGAGCCGCCGCGCCUUCCACGCUCCCCUGCUCAGGCACACAGCUUCCCGUCCUGGCCCCGGCUUCCCUCCCCGCGAGAUGCUCGCCACGCGCAAACUCGAGUAACCAGACCAAUCGAAGAAAGCUACGAGCUCUUGGCCAAUCGGGACAUCACUAGGGCUCUAGUGCCUUCCAGACUGCCUUUCGGAAGCCACACCUCUUCCCCUUCGGCCAGUGGCCUUGAGCCACGUGAUCAACCGCGUGGGCUGAGAAAGGACGGUGGAGUCUGAUUUCUGUGUGCGGGCCUGAACGCCACAUCCAGUUGCUCUAAAAACUGAAACUCUAUCCUUGAGAUUUGGGAGGAUCCUUUCUCGUUCUCACAUCGGCUCAUCCUGAAGACCCCACAUGACUUCUCCAUGCUCUGUCCCCCUAAAACCCACAAUCCCCCCAGUAACCCAAGACCCCAAUAUUCCACCUCCUUUACCCCCAGAUCCUCUGGACUUAGCUUUGCCAUCCCCUCCCUGUAGUCCCCAGGCUUCAGUUCCACCCCCACCCCCACUGCCUCCUCCACCCUCUACUGUGGAGGUUGCUCCCCCUCAUGUCUACGGCGUGGAGAAGAGCCGGCUGCUGAAGGAGGCCUUGGAGAAGGCUGGCCCAGUCCCCAAAGGCAGAGAAGAUGUGAAGAGGCUCCUGAAGCUGCACAAAGACCGGUUUCGAAAUGACUUGCAAUGGAUCCUCUUUUGUGCCGACCUACCGUCGCUCAUCCAAGAAGGCCCUCAGUGUGGACUGGUGGCCUUGUGGAUGGCAGGCACUCUUCUGUCAACCCCGGACACUGACAGUGUCUCUCUGGAAAGACUGGUGCAGGUAGCCAUGGAGAGAGGCUACACGGCACAGGGAGAGAUGUUCUCUGUGGCUGAUAUGGCCAAACUGGCCCAGGAGACCUUGGACUGCCAGACUGAGCUCCUCUGUGGUGGCCUGGGUGGUCCCAACAGAGAUCGGGUCCUGCAGCACCUCAUCACUGGACAUCCCUUGCUCAUCCCCUAUGAUGAGGAUUUCAACCAUGAGCCGUGCCAAAAGAAAGGCCAUAAAGCCCACUGGGCAGUGAGCGCAGGGGUCCUGAUAGGUGUGCAGAGUGUACCGAUAUUUGGCUACACAGAAGACUCUGAGUUGCCAGGCCUUUUCCACCCAGUGCCUGGCACGCCCUGCCAAUCACCAUCCCUCCCAGAGGAGAGCUCCCCAGGUGCCAUCUUCCUUCUCUCCAAGCAGGGCAAGAGUUGGCAUUACCAGCUGUGGGACUACAACCAAGUCCGGGAUAGCAACCUGCAGCUGACAGACUUCUCUCCUGCCAGGGCCGCUGAUGGACGGGUGUACGUGGUACCUGCUGGUGGGGUACAGGCUGGCCUCUGUGGCCAGGUCCUGCUGCUUAGACCACAGGAGUAGAGCCAUUAGCUGGGGCUGGGGCACCUGCCUUGAAGUGCCCUCCAUCACCAUUAGAGUACCUCAGCUUCAUCCCCUGUGAGACGUCUACAGUCCAGCCUGUAUCUUGAGGGCCUUCGGCCUUCUGCUAGAAAUCUCUCACACAGUCACCCCAUCUAUGGCGUCACAAGCUUGACCACUGUCCAAAGUCUAAAUUCAUCACUUGCAGGAUUAAGCAUGCCUUUGGUUAAGGGAGACUUUUUUGGGUUUUUGUUUGUUUGUUUGUUUGUUUUGUUUUUCGAGAAAGGGUUUCUCUGUGUAUCUCUAGCUGUUGUGGAACUCUUUGUAGACCAGGCUGGCCUCAAACUCACAGAGAUCCACCUGCCUCUGCCUCCCUGAGUGCUAGGAUUGAAGGCAUGUGCCACCACAGCCCAGCUUCUUCUUCUUUUUUUUUUUUUUUGUUUAUUUUUUAAAGCAUAAUCUCUGCCUGGGGUGGUGGCACCUACUUCUAAACCCAGCACUCAGAAGGUAGAGGACUGGUUCUCAGCCUGUGGAUCAUGACCCCUUUGGGGAUCAAUACCCUUCAACAGGGUUGCCUAAGAGCAUUGGAAAACACAAAUAUUUACAUUAUGAUUCAUGACAGUAGCAAAAUUACAGUUAAAAAGUAGCAACAAAAAUAAUUUCAUAGUUGGGGGUCACCGACCA